AUGCUCGCUGCUACCCCGGUCAAGACUCUUGCUCUCCUGGCAUUAGUCUCUGCCGCUGCCCAUGCUGCCGUCGUCACCUACGACUGGAAUAUCACCUACGUCAACACCAAUCCCGAUGGUCUCAUGGAGCGCCGUGUCAUCGGCAUCAACGGACAGUUCCCACCACCGGCGAUUAAUGUCACCCUGAAUGACACGCUGGUCAUCAACGUCGUGAACCAGAUCAGCGAGCCAACAUCACUGCACGCCCAUGGUCUGUUUCAGACAGGAAACAACCAGAUGGACGGCCCCUCUAUGGUCACCCAGUGCCCCAUCCCUCCAGGAGCAAACUUCACCUACACUAUCCCCAUCGAGCAAUACGGCACUUACUGGAUCCAUGGCCACAACAAGGGCCACUAUGUCGAUGGACUCCGUGGUCCUCUUAUCAUCCACAACCCAACUGAGGUCUACCAUUAUGAUGAAGAGUACACUCUUGCAUUUGCUGACUGGUACCACGACGAGCAUUCGGUCCUUUUGGAUGAUUACCUGUCGAUGUUCAACCCUACCGGUGCUGAGCCUGUCCCCAAGUCGGCAUUGAUCAACCAAGUGUUGGACAACAAAUUCUCGUUUGUGCCCGGCAAGGUCUAUCGUCUCCGCAUCAUCAACAUGUCUGCCCUCGCCAUGUUCCAUAUCCACAUCGACGGACACGACAUGGACAUCAUCGAGGUCGACGGAGUCGAUGUCCAGAGGACAACUGUCCAGACAUUCCCUAUCUCGGCUGCCCAGCGAUACUCUGUCCUUGUUACGGCCAAGAACACCACCUCCAACAACUUUCUCAUCCACGGCGACAUGGAUCCGGAAAUGUUUGACUCUGUCCCUGACACCUUGCAGAUGAACAUCACAGGAACGAUUGUCUACGAUGCUGCUUCGCCCUUGGCGCCGGCUGAACUGAUCGACUGGGGUGAUUUUGACGAUGCUGCUCUGCUCACCCCAGUCACCCCCAUGGCGGUCACUCCUGCAGACAACCAUAUCUCGCUAACCGCAUCCUUCCAGGUUAUGGACGACCACAUCAACAAGGCUACAUUCAACGACAUCACCUACGUGCUCCCAAAAGUUCCUUCCCUCUACACUGCAAUGAGCAUGGGAAAUCUUUCAAGCAACCCUGAAGUCUAUGGCACCUUUGCCCACCCACUGGUUCUCAAGCACAACAGCUGGGUCGAGAUGAUUAUCAACAACAACGAUGCAGGCAACCACCCCUUCCAUCUCCAUGGACAUGUCUUCCAAGUUGUCGGUCGAGGCGACGGAAUCUACGAUGAGUCAACUCCGUAUCCAUACUUCAAUACGACCAACCCGCUCCGUCGAGACACUGUCCUCGUCCCCUCCCUGACAAACGUUGCCAUUCGGUUCCAGGCGAACAACCCCGGUGUUUGGCUCUUCCAUUGUCACAUCGAGUGGCAUCUCCAAGCCGGUCUUGCGACUACCAUCAUUGAGGCACCCGAAGCGAUGCCUGGUGUUUUGACCGUUGAUCCAACUCAUCUUCAGCACUGCAAGGACCUUGGUAUCCCCUUUAGCGGCAACGCGGCAGGAAAUCAGGGUCUUGAUCUGACUGGUCAGAAUGUUGGACCCAAUUUGUUGCCUGGCACGUUUACGGCCAAGGGCAUUGUUGCGUUGUUCUUUACGGUGCUGUCUGCUGUUCUUGGGUUGGCGACUGUGAUCUGGUAUGCUCAGGAUGAAGGGCUUGUCCCGAGCGAAGAAGGCGAAGAUACCAAGUAG